AUGAUCUCUAGUCAUAGAACAAAUGAUGGAUUGAUAAACAAUACUAUAAUCGGUCCAUUUAACUAAUUUGAACUCAAUAACAUAGAUCACUAUAUUAAAAGAGAUUCUUCUAAUGAAUCUGUUUUACCACAAGAACCUGACAAAAUUGGGAAUUUGAAUAGUCUCUAAAUUGAAAGCUAUAAUUCAUCAAGGUAACUUGAAUCACUUAAUUUUGAAAAUAUCUAAUCCAAACCUAAAGCAUAGAAAAUUGUUAAUCCGUCAGUAAAUUUAUUGAAAACAAUGAGAAAAACGCAAAAUGUUGAAAGAUUCAAAAAUAAUUUGUUUUCUAGUGCUUAUAUUCUCAAAAACAGUUAGAAACAAUUAUCAAUCUUUCAAGAUGAUUGCUUACUUGAGAGAAACUAGAAUUUCAAACAAUAAAUAUCAAAAUAAAAAAUUAUAUCUAUUUUAUGUAUUUGUAAAGCUCUCUCAAAUCAUGUAAGUUUAAAGAUUUUCUAAAGUACUUAAGAAAGAUGUCUUAUAUGGUUCAACAACUUUUUAAAAUAAUUUAAACUACUUUUUACUACUUGGGAGAUUUGCUCUUUUUUUUCUCAAUUAUUAGAAUUAUGGUAUUGUCCAUUCAUCAUAUCAUUCGGAAUUUAUGAUCAUAAUUUAAAGGGAAUUGAAAUUUACUUUAUAAUCUCAAUUUUAAUAGAUACUUUAAUGAUAAAUUUGAUUGAAUUAACUUAGACAAAGGAUUAAGCAUCAAUUGAUCAAAACAUUAAGUACUAAAGUAAAUCUUUACAAAAUGUCAUCAUUCGAGUUUUAUUAUGGAUUUUAGUGUAUUUGGAAUUCUUUACAAUAAGCUAUGUUAGAGAAAUUAUAGGUUUAAUUUUGAUAGUAAUAAUAUGUAAAUCCAUAUAUGCUAAAUAUGAAUCUUAGUUAGAAAAGCUAUACAUUAAAGGAAUAGAUUUGAAUCUACUAGAUUUAAUAUCUCUAUUUGUAACACUUACUUAUUUUGUUCAUUUUAUUGCGUGUUUAUGGCAUUAUAUUGGUGAUAUUACCCAAAAUUUGCAUGGUUCAUGGCUAGAAAAAGAGGAAAUAAUUGAUUAAAGUAUUUGGGUUAAAUAUAAUUAUUCAUUCUACUGGUCAACCACUACUGUUGCAACGGUAGGAUAUGGGGAUAUUACACCUAAAAAUCAAAUUGAAAUUAUUUUUUCAAUUAUUGUUAUGUUACUAUCGAGUUGCAUGUUUGCUUAUUCGAUAAAUGAAAUAGGAAUGACAGUCAAAAGUAUAAAUGAAUAAAAAACGAAAUAUAAAAGAGGUCUAAUAUUGCUGAAUUCUUAUAUGGAAAAACUCUUUGUAGAUUAAUCCUUACAGCAAAGAGUUCGGAACUAUUUCAAAUAUAAUAACGAAAAAGAAACUUAGGAUAAUAAUAUAGAAACAUAAACUAUAUUAAAUUAAUUACCCGUUGGUUUAUAGAAUGAAAUAAAUUAAGACAUAAGGAAUAAGAUUUCAAAUAAAAUCUAGAUAUUUUAAAACAACUUCUCUGAUACUUCAAAUGGAUUAAUCUCUAAGUAAUUAAUUUAAAUGAAAGUCACUCCCAAGGACCCUAUAUAUCAUCUAAAUGAUAAAUUUGAUAAACAUCUGUACUACAUAGUUGAAGGGGAAGUAAAUAUUGUUGAAGAAAAGAGUUAAAAGAUUAUUAAGAUAUUGAAACCAGGAGAUACAUUUGGGGAGUUCCAAUUUUUUACUGGAUAAAGUACACUUGAAGCAGCAAUUAGUAAUUCAUUUACUGAAUUAUUCAAAAUUGAUAGAGAGUCAGUUCUAAAGAUAAUUCAAUAAAAUUCUCGAGACUUUUAAAGGUUUCAUAAGAUCAAAGAUUCCUUAAUAUUCAAAUAAGAUUUUACUCUUUUAAAACAAUGCUGCUAGAUGUGUAAUUAAAAAAAUCACUCUUCAAUCAAGUGUCCGUUGAUACAAUACAAACCAAAUUGUUAUAUCAAAAUUUUAAAAAGUAAUUUUAGCCGCUAAAAUGAUCGUUAGGAAUUUGAAAGAAAGAUAUUCAAGUUUCGAACCUUAUUAGAAAAUGAUGAAGUUCAAAAUUCUGCAUUUGAGUUCUAAGAUGAUAAGAGUCUUACUUAGUUAUAUGGUGAAUCCGAAAUAGCAAGUAUUAAAGAUAAACCUUCUGAUAGUAAUUCAAUUAGAUAUGAAGAGGAACAAAUGCACAACCCAUAAUAAAAAUCAAGUUUAUCAAUAAAAAAACAAUCAAAAAAAAAUACAUAAAUUCGAACUCCACAAAGUCCAUCUUAAUCCAUAACAUUGUUAAACUCAAAAAAACAAUCAAUUGUUUAAUUCUAGCGUAAAUCAUUAUUUAAAGCAUAAUAAUUCUCAGAAAAAUAUCUAUAAUUAUAGUAUCUAAGGGAAAGUUACUUCUCCUAAACCUUGGAAGAUUUUGAUAAAGUCUAGAAUUAUGUUGAUUAUUUUCCCCAUAAUAACCUUUAAUUCAUUUUAAAAUUGCUAAUUUUCAAGUAACUCAAUUAGAAGUUUGGUUAGAAAGUAUCCAAAAUAAGAAAAGGGAGAUCAUAUUGUAAUUAAUGA